AUGGCUUCUUCAACUACUUUUUCAUCAUUAACAAAUGAUGCCUUGGUUGAGAUCUUUGCUCAUCUUCCUCUAACUUCAAUCUAUCGUUUUAAGUCAGUCUCAAAGGAAUGGUUAUCUAACCUCUCAAACCCAAAUUUUAUUACCAAAUGGUUCCAAGUUAACAACAAAUUUCUUCCUUGGAUUCAAUAUCAUAUACAUACUCCUCACUAUCUUGAUCGCCACCCAUCCAGAUUCAGAAAUGCAUAUCCAGAUUCACAUUCACGGUUAAUAUCUAGAAAUGAUUAUGGAUUCUCUUUUGAGUUUCUUGUAAAUGAGAAACUAUUGAAAGGAGAUAAACUAUUCCUGUUAAGUUCUAGUAAUGGUCUGGUACUUUGUUUUUCAUUCCAAUCAAAUGGUAGGGGGAGGUAUCAUGUUUGUAAUCCACUUACUCGAAAUUGGAUUACAAUUCCUUCACCACUGCGAUAUGAUGCUAGUCAAUAUGUAUAUAAUGGUAUAUUUUGUGAGUAUUCAUCGCUAUCUGCGAGUUGUUGUUACAAGGUUGUAUGUAUUCCAAGAUUAUGGUCUUCGGAGAAAUUUAUUGUCGAUGUGUUUGAUUCUGAUUUCGGUGAAUGGAUAAGUUUUGAAGUUUCGUGUGAUCAAGAGGUCUCGUAUAGGUUUCAUAAGAGUGUAAUUACUCUUAAUGGUGUUUUGUAUAUGCUAGAAAAUAAUGAUAGAAUGCUAGUUUAUAAUCUCUAUCAGAACAUUCAGAACAAUGGAAGUAAUGAACAUCGGUGUAGGUUGAUCAAUUUUCCGAAUAAAAGAUUUACCCUGUAUGAGUUUGAUGAUGAGUUUGAGAGCUGUUUCAGUCGUACUCUUGGAGAGUCAGAAGGACAGAUUUGUUACGCUACAUCUGAAGUCACUGGGAUGCAAAUAACGGUAAGUGUUUGGGCGCUUGAUGAGGACAAAAGGGAAAUGUUGCACAAGGAUACUUUUGUUGACGAUACUUUCGCAGAAAUUUGUUCCCGGUUAUGUAAUGUUGUAUGUAUUCAGGUUUCAGGCUUCAGUCCGGUAGACCGUAAUGUUGUGUUGCUUGGUUGCGGGCAUUGGGUUUGGUGGUAUAAUAUCCAAACCAGAAGCUUUGGAGAGCUGGGCCAUUCUUCAUUUUUGGUUAAUACAGGGUAUAUGAACGAGUCAUUUGUGCUAAAGACGAUGCCAACAAUACUUGCCUCGCCCACUUGGACAGAUGAAGAUGACGAUUUGCCUUCCAAAUAUGAUAUGCGAGAUGUUUUCUCGGUAGCUCAAUUGUUCUUCUCCGAAGAAGACAUAUAG